AUGAUCGUGGCUACACACAAGUGUGGAUGUCCACCCAAGGAGAAGAAGCCACCCUGUUCGCCGUGUUGUGCUUCGAGAAAAGGUGUUGAAACUAAACGGGAAUAUCCUCCAAGAAGAUUCGAGUGGCCUAAAGUCGAGGUUCCAGCUUGCUGUCCGAUAAAACCUUUGGAUACUUCUUGUUUUCCUUCGCGAAAGAUCCAAUCGAGAGAGAUGAUCGUGGCGACACACAAGUGCGGAUGUCCACCCAAGGAGAAGAAGCCACCCUGUUCGCCGUGUUGUGCUUCGAGGAAAGGGGUUGAAACUAAACGGGAAUAUCCUCCAAGAAGACUCGAGUGGCCUAAAGUCGAGGGUCCAGCUUGCUGUCCGAUAGAACCUUUGGACACUUCUUGUUUCACUUCGCGAAAGAUUCGUUCAGAGAUCGCGGACAGAGGGCUUCCCUAUAAACAAUUGGAGGCUGUUAUCAACGAGAAUCGACUGGUGAUCAGGACGCAAAAGGAACCUGUUGAAGAAGAGUACGAUCCUCCUUGCGACUGCGUGGAGGAUCCUCGACCUGGUGGACAGAGCGUCGAUGAAAAGAAGCAGGAGCAGAGUUCUGGAAAUCGUACGGUGACUUUGUAUCCUCGAGCGCAUGCGCCGCACGAUGACUCGGACGAAGACGACGAGGAGGACGAACUGCCUAAGAUCGGAUCCAUCGAUCUCGAGGAGAAUCCGAAUAUAUUCCUGCUCAGGGUGAGGAGGAGGGCCAAAGAUGGCCAAAAUAUCGAUCUUGAGUUUAAGACUGCGCGACCAUGGUCGACGAAGAAACGAUUAGAGUACAGCGAGAGUGUUUACAGGCCACAGUCUGUGGAUCCUGAAACGACCAAGAUCGACAAGACCGUGGAUGGUGAGAAGAAACAGGGGAAACGUGCAUCUUCCGGUAAGAAGAGGAAGAGGAACUGA